GGGCUCCUGAGGGCGGGGGUCCCGGCCCUGAGGCGCGGCAGGUGCAGGGCGUGCCGGGGUCCUGACCUUCCUGAGAUCCUCCGGAAGAAACAGCUGGAGUUGGUGGAGGCCAAGUACGCGGUGCAGGCGGAGGGCCUGCGGCAGGGCGCGCAGCGGACGGAGGAGGCCUGGGCCAGCUUCCAGGAGCAGAGCGGAGUCCUGCAGCGUGAGUGCAUCUCUAUCCACGUGGGGCAGGCCGGGGUCCAGAUCGGCAAUGCCUGCUGGGAACUGUACUGCCUUGAACAUGGAAUUCAGCCCGAUGGUCAGAUGCCAAGUGACAAAACCAUUGGCGGUGGUGAUGACUCGUUCAACACUUUCUUCAGCGAGACUGGGGCUGGCAAGCAUGUGCCCAGAGCAGUGUUUGUGGACCUGGAGCCCACCGUGGUCGAUGAAGUGCGCACAGGGACCUACAGGCAGCUCUUCCACCCAGAGCAGCUGAUCACCGGGAAGGAAGACGCAGCCAAUAAUUACGCCAGAGGCCACUACACCAUCGGCAAGGAGAUCGUUGACCUGGUCCUGGACCGCAUCCGCAAACUGGCGGAUCUGUGCACGGGGCUGCAGGGCUUCCUCAUCUUCCACAGCUUUGGGGGCGGCACCGGCUCUGGCUUUGCGUCUCUGCUCAUGGAGCGCCUCUCGGUGGACUAUGGCAAGAAGUCCAAGCUCGAAUUUGCCAUUUACCCAGCCCCCCAGGUUUCCACGGCUGUGGUGGAGCCCUACAACUCCAUCCUGACCACCCACACAACCCUGGAACAUUCCGACUGUGCCUUCAUGGUGGACAAUGAAGCCAUCUAUGACAUAUGUCGGCGCAAUCUGGAUAUCGAGCGGCCCACGUACACCAACCUCAACCGUCUGAUUGGGCAGAUCGUGUCCUCCAUCACGGCCUCCCUGCGAUUCGAUGGGGCCCUGAAUGUGGACUUGACAGAAUUCCAGACCAACCUGGUCCCGUACCCCCGCAUCCACUUCCCCCUGGCCACCUACGCCCCGGUCAUCUCAGCCGAGAAGGCCUACCAUGAGCAACUGUCUGUGGCUGAGAUCACCAAUGCCUGCUUUGAGCCGGCCAACCAGAUGGUCAAGUGUGACCCUCGCCACGGCAAGUACAUGGCCUGCUGCAUGUUGUACAGGGGGGACGUGGUCCCAAAAGACGUCAACGCAGCCAUCGCCACCAUUAAGACCAAGCGCACCAUCCAGUUUGUGGAUUGGUGCCCAACUGGAUUUAAGGUGGGCAUCAACUACCAGCCCCCUACCGUCGUCCCCGGGGGAGACCUGGCCAAGGUGCAGCGGGCCGUGUGCAUGCUGAGCAACACCACCGCCAUCGCCGAGGCCUGGGCCCGCCUGGACCAUAAGUUCGACCUCAUGUAUGCAAAGCGAGCCUUUGUGCACUGGUACGUGGGGGAAGGCAUGGAGGAGGGAGAGUUCUCUGAGGCCCGCGAGGACCUGGCGGCUCUGGAGAAGGAUUACGAGGAAGUGGGCGUGGAUUCCGUGGAAGCAGAGGCCGAAGAAGGGGAAGAGUACUGAGUGGGCGCGUGUGGUUGGCGGC